CCUUUGAUGACGUCCUUCCUGUUUCAUCGUAACAACACGUGUGCGGUGUACAGUGUCGAGCGGCAGGGAAUAACAGCAACUAAACCCCAGCUUUCACACACCGUUGUGUUUUCUUUUCAUUUUCUUUUCGGUGUAGGCUUUGCCGACUAAACCGUCAACAUGGUGAAGCCCGGAUUCAAGGGGAAAAGCUCCAUAAACACCUCGACGUCCAGCAGCAACCCUGAUCGAGUCAAAGGGGCUGGAGGCAACAACAUGAGGGACCGAGCCACCAUCAAACGUCUGAAUAUGUACAGGCAGAAGAAACGAUGUAAUGACCGUGGACAAGUCAUCCGACCUCUAUCGUACCAGUCCACAGUGGCUCCAGGGACUGUGGCCAGAGUGGAACCGAACAUCAAAUGGUUUACAAAUACCCGUGUGAUCAAGCAGUCAUCCCUCCAGAAGUUUCAAGAAGAGAUGGGGAAAAUUAAGAAGGAUCCAUAUCGGGUGGUGAUGAGACAGAGCAGACUCCCCAUGUCUCUCCUGCAUGAUCGAGUCAAAGCCCAUAACUCCAAGGUGCACAUUCUAGACACGGAGAAUUUUGAGACCACAUUUGGGCCCAAGGCUCAGAGGAAGAGGCCCAGUCUGAUGGUGGGGGACAUGAAGGAUCUCGUGGAGAAGGCUGAGUCCUCUGGCCUGACCUACAGUGAGGACAAGGACAAAGACCUGGUGGUCGAGGACACAGGGGUCCGGGCGGAGGUACGUGACGAAAUCUUCAAAAAGGGUCAGUCCAAGAGGAUCUGGGGAGAACUUUAUAAGGUAAUCGACUCUUCUGAUGUCGUCAUCCAAGUGCUGGAUGCCAGAGACCCCAUGGGAACACGCUCUAAAAGCAUAGAGAAUUACAUGAAGAAAGAGAAAUCCUGGAAACAUCUGAUCUUCGUUCUAAACAAGUGUGACCUCAUCCCCACCUGGGUCACGAAACGGUGGGUGGCCCUGUUAUCCCAAGAGUACCCCACUCUGGCUUUCCAUGCCAGCCUCACCAACUCGUUUGGUAAAGGCUCCCUCAUCCAGCUGCUCCGGCAGUUUGGCAAGCUCCACACUGACAAGAAACAGAUUAGUGUGGGUUUCAUUGGCUACCCUAAUGUGGGAAAGAGCUCGGUCAUCAACACCCUGCGGUCUAAGAAAGUCUGCAAUGUGGCCCCCCUCGCUGGAGAGACCAAGGUGUGGCAGUACAUCACUCUGAUGAGACGCAUCUUCCUCAUUGACUGUCCUGGUGUCGUCUAUCCGUCAGAAGACAGCGAGUCUGAUAUCGUCCUGAAAGGAGUUGUUCAAGUGGAGAAGAUCAAAGUCCCGGAGGAGCACAUCGGGGCAGUGUUGGAGCGGGCUAAGCCAGAAUACAUUCAGAAGACGUACCGCAUCCCCACCUGGAACUCUGCUGAAGACUUCCUGGAGAAGCUGGCCUUCCGCACCGGGAAACUUAUGAAGGGCGGUGAGCCGGACAUCUCCACAGUCGCCAAAAUGGUGUUGAACGAUUGGCAGAGAGGACGUAUCCCCUUCUUUGUAAAACCCCCCGGUGUUGAUGGGGAACACGAGGGCAAGGCGCCAGUGCCAGUUGAAGGCCCCUCAGAGGCAGUAGAGGUUGUGAUGGAGGAACAGACAGACGAUCCUGCUGCCGUCCCGGAGGAACAGGACGAAAAGCUGCAGAGACAGAAGGAGCGGGUCCAGAAGAUUAUCUCUAGUGUGAAACAGAACUUCGGGAAGAUCAACGUGGCCCCAGAGUUCAAUGAAGAAGACUUGGUUCCUGUGGAGAUGCCUGACCUGGGACUGUCUGACCUCUCAGGCUCUGACGGGGAAGGAGAGGGAGACAGUGAAGAGGAGGAGGAGGAGGAGGAUGAAGAAGAAGAGGAGGAAGGGAAAGAGAAAGAAGAAGGGAAAGAAGAAGGGAAAGACGGGACCAGUGUGGAACCAGCCGAUGGAGAGACUGAGGCCCCAGAGCCCACGACCGCUCUGACCGGCAAGACAGACGCAAAGAAGAAGCCACGCGCGACGAUCCGUCAGCUGGAUGAAAAGAUCAACAAGUACAAGCAUUUCCUGGACCGGGCCCAAAACAAGUGCUUCUCAUCAAUCCGGAUACCCAAGGCACUUGCUGAAAAAGCAUUCGCAGACAUCAAGGAAAAACAAGCUGCAGCACAGCUUAAAGCUGUAAUCCAGAGAAGCAAGAAGAGGAGAUCUGAGGAGGAAGAGAAGUCUAACCAAGUCCAAAAGCUGACGUCUAAACAGAGAAGAGCGAUUGACCGUGCUCAGAAGGGGAAGAAAAUUGGCGUGCGCUAUUACGAAACAGCCAAUGUGAAAAACAAGAACAAGGACAGAAAGGCCCCAGCGUCUGCCACAGAAGGCCAGAAGUCCAAAAGAAGAAAGCACUAGACUGGCAUCGUGAAACACAUUUGUAAUAAAUCUUUAUUUAAACUUGCCAAAAGCCAAGUUUUUUUUUGAAAGUGUGGAGUUAACAGAAGGUGGAAUGCUAACUUAGCAUUAAAUGGUCUGUAUCAAGUGGUCACUUGCUGCCUUGUCUUGAUGACUGUUUUUAUCUUGCCUUUUGAAACUCCUUCUCCCCUUCAGCCCAGAACUGUUUUUGAAUGACAUUUCAUUCAUCAUUUACAGGACAGGUGUAAUGCUCUCUUGAUCUUAAAGAAAACUGUACGUGUCAUGUCAUGCUGUAAUAAAAAAACGUGCUAAUGA